AUGGAUCGAAAAGAAUUUCCGGGAAACGAAGGUGUCAAUGUGAAUCAGAAUCUCAAUCCGCAGUCCGGGGUUGAUGUAAUGGAUACGUUCGCGGCAUCAGAUUACGUUAUGGAUCGAAAAGAAGUUCCGGGAAACGAGGGUGUCAAUGUGAAUCAGAAUCCCAAUCCGCAAUCCGGAGUUGAUGUAAUGGAUACGUUCGCGGCAUCAGAUUACGUUGUAAGCAAUCCUGAGAAGUUAUCUAUACCGUUAACAUAUCACUUCUCUUGUCUAACAACAGACGUAUUCGAUAAAGGCCUAUUUCUUCAACUGGGCGACAUGGUGCAAAGCAAAUUAGGUUCUGAGAUCUUGAUUGUUUUUUGCUCUCUCUAUACCGCAGUUAGAGUUACAUCGUUUCGAUGGUAA